GUCUGCAUAGCAUGGCUCCCUGCAGAAACUCUAACAGGCUCGUGCUUGGAGCUCAAGGGCAGUUUCAGGUUCUUGAGAUUAACACAAGAGAAAAAAAACACGUUCGGACACAAGAACUGAAGGAGAAGAAGAAGGUUGAAGAGUUGGAAAGGAGGUGGAUCGUAUCAAACUUGAGCUAACCAGGAAAAAAGAGGAAGAGAUGGGGGAGCUGAGACUCAAACAUAAGAACGAACUUGACAAAGUGAGAGCAGAUCAUCGGGAGAAAAAGACGAUGCAAGCAAGCCGGACGAAGCAUUUAGAGGAUGAGGUAAAAGUUCUCAAGUGCAAGAGCAUGGCAAUGGGAGAGAGUCUUGCAAUUGCAGAAAGGAGGAAUGGAGAGCUGGAGUCCGAGAGGGCAGAACUUGCAGAGGAAAUCCAACGUCUGCACGGUGAGGUGCGAAACCUCAAAGUACAGAAGGCAGCACUGGAGGAAAGGCUUGAAGAGUCCACUAUAAAGCUUCAGGAGUUGGAGCUAAAGAGAAUGGCCCUAAUUAAAGAUUUCAGCGAAAGAAUCAAUCAAAUGCAACAGCGACUGGAAAAUGAAGUUGCUGCACGCACAACACGAGUGUAUUCUCUGACGGAGCUCAAGGAAGCUACAAACGACUUCAACAUGAAUGUGGAAAGUGGUGAUGUACAUCACUAUGAUUCCGUUUACUCUGGAAAACUCCACGAUGGUACGCCUAUUAUGGUGAAGAAGGUGAGGGAUACAAACAUGCAGAGGAUUGCUAACGCAGAGCUCAAGGACAAAGUGGUGGACAGGUUGAGCAUCCUGCAGCAUCCCAAUUUGUUGAGGCUGUUGGGAGUUUGUUAUGAAGAGAAUUGUUUGGUGUACGAGGACAUGGCGACCGGAAGUCUGAAGCAGUGGAUUUCAGCUGUAUCCUUCCUCCACUCUAACCAGCUGGACAAUGGCAGUCCCAUCAUCCACGGUGCCAUCAAACCAGCAAACGUACUUCUCGAUCACAAUUUUGUGGCGAAGCUCUGUGGGGUUGACCGGGCUCUCCUUGUGUCCCAACAGCCUUACCGAGGGCAGGCCUCAGAAGAUUCUUUUCGUGCUUUCCUUGGAAGCAAUUCUCCAUACAUGGCACCCGAAUAUCUGCGGUCUGGGGUUUGCAGUGAGAAGACGGACAUCUAUGCGCUGGGUGUCACACUUUUGGAGGUUCUCACUGGGAAUUUCUGGAAUGCACUCGGAAUCAUCGAAGAUGCCAUGGAAGAUGGUGCAGUGCUUGAAAAUGCUCUUGAUCCCAAUGCAGGCUGUUGGGAUGUCGCUCUGGCUCGGGAGGUGGCAGGCUUGGGGCUGCGCUGUACGAGCCUGGACAAGCGGAAUCGUCCAGACAUGAUGACAAUUGACAUUGGCAUUGUAUCUACAUUGAACAGAAUUGCGGGAAAAGUGGAGCUUGCCACAGCAGCUGAAGGUGGAUAGAGAAAGCAGAUCAAUGAUGGGCCACAUAUUACACAGUGGGGUAAGGUUUCCUCAUACAAGG